AUGUCGUCAGCAAGGUCAACCCUUUACACAAACGCAACAAUCCUCACAAUCAAUUCAUCACGGGACAUAAUCCUCGACGGAGCCAUUCUCGUCACUGGAAAUCGAAUCUCAGCAAUUGGCAAGACAACUCAACUUUCCGAAUCACCCCCUAAGGAUACCAAAGUCAUCUCGCUUGCAGGUCGCAUCAUUCUCCCUGGACUCAUCAAUACACAUUCUCACCUCGCUCAGUCCCUGUUGCGUGGUUUAGCAGAGGAUCUCCCUCUUCACUCCUGGCUAUGCGAUGCCGUAUGGCCUCUUGAAGCAUGCUACGAUGCCGAUGAUGGAUACGUGGCUGCUCGGUUGACGAUUGCAGAGAUGUUGAAGUCUGGGACAACCACCUUCCUAGAGAGCAUGCUGACCCAUCGAUCCGGGUUUGAAAACGUUGUGAGAGCUGUUAGUGAGAGUGGAAUUAGAAGUUGUCUUGGAAAAUUGGUGAAAUUCGAGGAAAGCAACAAGAAAUUAGGUAUCAAAGACCCUCGGGAUAAGGAUGUCGAUGCAAUGUCUAUUUCCUCAAUGCUUGCUGCGCACUCGAAACAUCAUGACUCCUGCAACGGCCGCUUGCAAGUCUGGGCAGCUGCUGGAACACCCCGUGGAUCUCCUCUCACAUCGCAUCGUGCUAUUGGCGAAGCCUGCAGAGAGCAUGACAUUGGACUUACGAUGCAUUGCGCUGAAGCUCCCAAAGAUCUCACCAUCUAUAGAGACAGUUACGACUGCACGCCAAUGGAGUUCUGUGAAGCAGCUAAACUCACGGGUCCGAAAACUGUACUCGCACACAUGGUUCAUCUUGAACUAGAUAAAGAUCUUCCGAUACUAGCGAAAACAGGCACGACAGUCGCACAUAACCCGAAUAGCAAUCUGAAACUUGCGUCUGGGAUUGCAAAGAUUCCCGAGAUGUUGGCAGCAAACGUAAAUGUCAGUCUUGGGACCGAUGGAGCUCCUUGCGGGAAUACAUACGAUAUGUUUCGCGAGAUGCAUCUUGCCGGUAUCCUUCAUAAGGGCGCCAAUCUUGAUGCUUCCAUAGUAGGCGCGGAAGAAGCUUUGGAAAUGGCAACUAUCAACGGCGCUAAAGCCCUUGGCUUGGAGAAUGAAAUUGGAAGUUUAGAAGUAGGAAAGAAGGCUGAUUUCGUGGGUUUGAAUCCUCAGAAGCUCCACACAGCUCCGUACAACGCAGAUCAGAUCUUGAAAGGCGGCAUGAGUCCUGUUACUACAGUAGUAUAUAGCUGCACUGGCGCAGAUGUGGAGCUUGUGGUUGUCGAUGGAGAUAUAUUGGUAGAAGCUGGAGAGCUGGUGAAGAUGAAUGAAAUGGUGAUCAGAGAAGCGGCUGAAAAAUCCAUUGAAGGUAUCCGAAGCAGAUCUGGGAUUAAAGCUGUGAAUAGGAAGGGGUGGAAAUAUAUAUAA